AUGGGCUCCCAAGCCAGCUGCUGCCACGACGAUGCACCAGAGCCACCCAAGGAGUUAGUGGAGGCGAGCCAUGCCUGCGAGGACCCUCCGGAGCAUUUGAAAGGCUCCGCUUCAAAGGCCGUCGACGUGCACACGACGGUUGAGGUUCCAAGCAAGUGGAGCCGUUUGCACGAGAUGCGCCAGCUCGAGGUUGACUCAGAGAUCCUCCGCGGGAUCACGCUGCGGGCCUCUCUCAGAGGUGGUGGCCGCCUUUGGCGCCGUUCUCCUUUGGACCUCGAUGACGGUGAACGAGCCCAGCUAUGGAACAAAUCCCGAUCUGUGCAGCACUUUGACGUUUUUCUGAGUCACACCUGGCAUACGCCUGGCAAAUGGAAGAUGCUUUCUUUGCUAAUGCAAGCUGGAUGGAAGUGGGUGAUUUUCCUCAACGGAGUGAUUCAGGUGUUAAUGGGCAUCCUUUCGGUGACAGAGAUGUUGCCCGUGCCCUUCGAAUAUGCUACUCAGUGCCCGAACUUCAAGACGAAGGUUGGUUACGCGCCAUGGGCCCUACUCUUAACCUUCCUUUCCUCAAUUCUUGGCCUGCUGUCCAUCCCGUACUUGCCGGAGGGAUUUGCGACGCCUCUGGCUUGGGAUGCAGUAUGCUUCCUGGAUGCUGUUUGCAUCCACCAGACCGAUACCGGGCUCAUGGAGAGGGGGAUUUAUGGUCUUGGAGGAUUUUUGCGUUCCUCUCGGGAGCUGCGUGUGCUGUGGAGCCGUCCCUACCUUUCGCGGCUGUCCCUCGGCAGCUGUUGGUGCAUCUUGUUUCGGAUUUAA